AUGUUAAGUGUGGGUAAUAAAAAAGAGUUUUGUUGUGAAGAAAUGUUUUUGCAUCUUUUUAGGUUGGCGGGAGAAAAAUCUGAACUUCACUUUGGUUAUUAUCCAGUGUUUAGGGAAUAUUUUAUUGAUUACAAAGAAGAAUACGGUGGGGGCGUCCAGUUAAUAAAGUAUUGCUGUUGGUGUGGAAAAAAACUUCCUAGUAGUUUAAGAGAGGAGUUUUUUGAUACAUUGGAAAAAGAAUAUAAAAUAGAAACCGAUAUCGGCGAAUACAAUGAAAGACCUGAUAUUCCCCAAGAGUUCAAAAGCGAUGAAUGA